AUGUGGAGAAAGAAUUUGGGUAUCCUAUAUGUCAUGGCGGCCGCCAUUUUGGCGGCUUUUGUCGGCAAGGGCUCGGCUGCCGGAGAAGAAGAUUUCGUACGGACGAGGGGCAAUCAAUUCGUGGUCAAUGGGCGCCCGUUGUAUUUCAACGGUUUCAACUCGUAUUGGCUAAUGUACAUGGCGGCCGACCCCACGACUCGAGAAAAGGUGACCGACACGUUCGGGCAGGCUUCCGAGUAUGGGAUGAAUGUCGCGAGGACUUGGGCUUUCUGUGACGGAGGGUCUAAUGCGCUACAAAGUUCGCUCGGUUCGUACAACGAGAACAUGUUCGAGGGUUUGGAUUUCGUGGUGUCGGAGGCGAAAAAGCACGGGAUAUACUUGAUAUUGAGCUUGGUGAACAAUUGGGAAGGUUUUGGAGGGAAAAAGCAGUAUGUUCAAUGGGCUAGAGAUGAAGGCCACCAAGUGAACAAUGAGGAUGAGUUUUUCACUAAUCCUAUAGUCAAAGAGUACUACAAAAAUCAUGUUAAGGUAUUUGAUUGGGUAGCGGAAAUGGCAGCCCACGUAAAAUCGAUCGACCCGGACCAUCUUGUCGAGAUCGGGAUGGAAGGAUUCUAUGGCGAGUCGACACCAGACAAGAAACAAAACAACCCCGGCUUCGAAGUUGGCACCGACUUCAUCUCGAACAACCUUGUCCCGGAUAUCGACUUCACCACAAUCCACAUCUACCCCGACCAAUGGAUGCCGAGCUCGAGCGAUGACGAGCAGGACGAGUUUGUGGAUAAGUGGAUCAAAUCGCACGUGGAGGACUCGAAGUCGGUGCUCGGGAAGCCGCUCCUAGUGACGGAGUUCGGGAAAUCGUCGAGGUCGUCGGGAUACAAUGUGGGGAUGAGGGAUAGGUAUUUCGGGAGCAUUUUCAACGACGUGUUUGGGUGUGCGCGGGACGAGGGCCCGUGUGGGGGUGCUCUAUUUUGGCAAGUGAUGGCUGAGGGGAUGGAGAAUUGGAGUGAUGGAUACGAGGUGGUCUUGGAACAAAGCUCCUCCACCGCUGCGGUUGUCUACCAGCAGUCGCGUCAAAUUUCUUCUCUCAAUUGA